UGACAAGGGAAAUAACUAGAUUUGCCAAACAAACAAAGUAAAUAAAGGAUUAUUUAUCACAAGAUUUGUAUAAACAGCGAUAAUAUAAAAUAUCUAGAUGAGGACACAUUGAAACUGACGAUGGAUUCAGCUACAACUCAUGCAGUGGUUUUAGAUGUCCUUCAAAGGGCGUCUAGCCAAAAUCCAGAUGAAUUUAAACCAGCAGAAGGAAAGCUAAGGGAAUGGGAAACACAACCCGGCUUUUACACGGUUUUAUUCAAUAUUAUUUCCAAUCAUUCAAUGGACGUAAACGUAAGGUGGAUGGCAGUUCUUUACAUGAAAAAUGGAAUCGACAAGUACUGGAGGAAAAAUGCGCCAAACGCUAUAUCAGAAGAAGAAAAGUUGAACAUUCGCCACGGGCUACUAUGUAAUUUCAGUGAGCCCAUCAGUCAAAUCGCUGUACAACGAGCUGUGCUCGUCUCAAAAGUUGCUCGAUUUGACUGGCCUAGAGAGUGGCCCAAUUUAUUCCCUACUUUAUUACAGGCAGUAGAAAGCCCUGACGGUUUAGUUCAGCAUAGAGCGCUGUUAACACUGCAUCACGUUGUCAAAGCCAUUGCUUCAAAGAGACUGGCAGGUGAUAGAAGACUGUUCCAAGAGUUUACCUCAAACAUAUACACGUUUAUUUUGAAUCUGUGGAAUAACUUCACGGAAGCAUUUGUCAGAAAUAUUAUGCAAAAUGGCAGCGUUGAAGUCAUAACAGGGAACUUGGAAAAAGCUCUGUUGACUUUACGGAUUUUGAGGAAAUUGACGGUGUUUGGGUUUUACAAACCGGAAGAGAACCAGGACUGCAUGUCGUUCAUGAAGGUUAUUUUUGAGAAAGCCAAGACCGUCUUACAGUGCCGUAAGCAGAUCAAAGGGAAAGACACCUACCUCCUGGAACUAUGCGAGAAGUUUAUUAUCCACCUAACGAAAGUUCUUCUCUCUGUUUUGGACACGCACCCCUUCUCUUUCAUAGACUUUAUCCAGCCUAGUCUAGAGUUUACGGUGUUUUACCUGUUCACAGACGAAGGCAUAAACUUUCUGUUUGAACGGUUCAUCAUACAGUGCUUCAAUCUCAUCAAAAAUAUUCUCUUGUGCGUUGAGUAUCGAGCAGCCAAGAUACCGGAGAUGACCAAACACCCCGACACUUUAAAGGCACACCAGAUCAAACAAGCGUUUUUCCAACCGCAAACCGUGUCGGAUAUGUGUCGGAAGUUGGUCGUGCAUUAUUUUAUUUUAACGCAGGACGAGUUGGAUAUGUGGGAUAGCGAUCCGGAGGCGUUCUCUAAUGACGAGUGUGGCGAUAGUUGGAAGUACAGCUUAAGGCCUAGCAUGGACACAGUAUUCGUAACUAUCUUCCACGAAUACAGGGAGAUACUCAUACCUGUAAUAUUAGAGUUAGUCGCAGACACCAAUGUUCUUGUUCCUCCAGAGGACAUGCAAGGGAUUUUACGAAAAGAUGCCGUUUACAAUGCCGUCGGGCUGUGCGCGUUCGACUUAUAUGAUGAGGUUGACUUUGACCAGUGGUUCACGAACACACUGCUUCAGGAGCUCAAAAUAAAACACAACAACUACAGGGUGAUUAGGAGGCGAGUGACUGCGCUGAUAGGCCGGUGGACCGGUAUAAAAUUGUCCAGCGAGCUGCGCCCCGCCUUGUACGAGUGUAUAAUAAAUCUACUGGGACCUGACGAAGACAUGGCCGUAAGACUGACCGCUGCAUCGACGCUGCGCUAUGCCAUAGACGAUUUCGAAUUUAAUUGUGACCAGUUUAAGGAUUAUAUGUUUUCGGCUUUCAACUUACUGUUCGCCCUUUUGAGGGAAGCCGUUGAGUGCGAGACAAAGAUGCAAGUGCUGAACGUUAUGACCCUGCUCCUGGAACGUAUGGGAAAUACGAUCCAGCCCCAUUCCGAGUCCCUUAUCCAGUACCUGCCCCACCUGUGGCAGGAAUCGGAAGACCACAACAUGCUACGUUGUGCCAUAGUGGCCACGUUGGUUCAGUUAGUGAAAGCAUUGGGAGGUGUUAAACCAGAAUUAAACCCCUUUCUUCUGCCCAUAAUUCAACUGGGUACCGACAUAAGGCAGAACGCGAUUGUGUAUUUACUGGAAGAUUCUCUGGAUUUGUGGUUGGCUGUGUUGGAAUAUUCCACGACCAUGACUAAUGAGCUGAUGCAGUUGUUUAAUAACAUGCCGCCAUUGCUGGAAUAUUCAACUGAAAACUUCCGAGCCUGUCUGCUGAUAUCCCUGGUCCACGUACUUUUGGCGCCCGAGCUGGUCAUGCGGACGCAAGGGGCGCAAAUCAUUCAAGUCUGUGAUGGCCUGAUGGCAGAUUUAAAGAACGAGGGUAUCGUUAUGCUGAUGAAGCUGGUGGAGACGUUUAUUAGGGCCGUGCCCGUGUUGGGGACUGAAACCGCCAUGCCGAUUCUGCCCAGGAUAUUUCAGAAAAUAUAUCAGGGCGAAGACUAUCAGAUGGUAAUGUCGAUGUACUUGUGCAUCUUGUCUAGGGUUUUACUGUCAUCUCACGAUAUAUUCACGAGGGUGUUGAGUAACAUUGCGCAGAGCCACAACGAGACUGAUGAGUCCACCCUCGGGCAGAUCAUGGACGUCUGGCUGGAUAAAAUGAGGAACGUUUCGCAGCUUGAUCAGAGGAAACUAUUAGGAUUGGCUUUAUCGAAUCUGCUCACGACGCAAAGUCGGCCGAUCUUGGAACGAUUCGGUUUAAUCAUGCUGAAUAUUUUGGAAUCCUUAAACGACAUCACCAAGACGGAGGAGAAUGGUGCCAUGAUAGAUUCCCUCGUGCUAACUGAAGGGCAGAGUCCCAGCCACUUCGAUGAGGACGGGGACGGGUACUACGAAACGGACCAUGAUCAGAGGAAGAAGCAGCUUAUACUUUCCGACCCCGUGCAUACCAUCGUACUGAAGGAUUAUCUCCAGUCACAGAUGUUCGAACUGAGAAACCAGGUGGGUCUGCAGCAGUACCAGCAGCUGCUGCAGGCGGUAGACGCGGACACAAUAUCGCAAAUUAAGGAUUAUAUCACAUUGUAAUUAGGGAGUAACGAGAAUCACAUAUGUAUAUUAUAAUCAUCAUAUUUCUACGAUUAUUUGGUCGAAUGUACUGUGUUAAAUACUUCAUCGUGAGUUCUGUCCCACUUCUGAUCCGGUGGUUUUGUAAAAUGAUUGGUUUUCUCCUCAUUAAAUUUGAGAUGGAACAGUGUUUUUAAGUAAUUUUAUUCUUUUAGUUGUUGAGUUUCGAACCUAUAAAUCAGAAGCGGGAUGUGCUUUGACGAUUAACAAUACAUAACAAUAACAAUAUUAGCUUAUUUUUUUAAGCGAGGCAUGCUCUAUCCUUUUUGAGACAAAUUUCUGUUGAUAUUCAGCACUGGUGUGUUUUUAAUCGUGGGAGAAUUAUGUAACUGUGUGUGAGGUUAAGUGCUUCUGAAUAUUAGCAAAGGGUUCGUCUCUGUAGCGUUUAUUUAGGGUUUUAUUAGAAAUUAUUUAUAUUUUUGUAAUGCUACUAAAAUAACUAAUAUUAAACUAUCUAGUUUUAGAGUGUACUGUAAUAUAUUGUUAAUUGAACAGUUCUUGUGAGGAGCGAGGAAAUACUGUGUAUUUUUUAUAUAAGUUUGAUUUGUAGGGAGAAAUUGUAUGUACCAUCUUUUUAAAUUUACUUUCCUGAGGUUACUGCAGGUUAUUACAAUCCAUAUAUUUAUUGCGUUAUAUAUUUAAAGGCUGUUACGAAAACCAGUGUUUUAUUCCAACGUUUUUUCUAGAUCUUACCAAAAGUUCGGUUGUGAACAAUAUUUGAUCAAAAAUACUGAAAUAUAAGAUAGUUCCCAUUUCCUAUUUCUUAAAAAUAGACAUUUUAAA